AUGUCUAUAAUAAUUAUAGCCUUUUUAGGUUUGACAUCAUUAUCAAGCGUUUAAGGGUUUUAUAAUCCAGUUAUUAAUGAAAAUGUCCCAGAUCCAGGGGCAAUUUUGUAUGACAAUGAAUAUUACGUUGUGACUACAUCAGGUCCAUUAGAUGGUAAAUUCCCAAUUCACAAGUCAAGUGAUCUCUAAAACUGGGAUUUUAUGGGCUAUGCUCUUCCAAGAGAUCACUCCCCACAAUGGGCGUAAUCUCCAGAUACCGAUUUCUGGGCCCCUGAGCUUCAUGUUAUCAAUGGAAUGUUUAGAUUGUAUUUCACAGCAAGACAUAGCUCUGGAGUUUUAUGUAUAGGAGUAGCUACUGCAGACAAUAUCUUAGGCCCCUAUACUGACAUUGGCAGUCCAUUAUUUUAAAAUCCUAAUAUGGGAUCGAUUGAUGCUACAGUGUUUAAGGAUGAAUUUCAAGACUACUGGUUGGUUUGGAAAGAUGAUGGAAAUGGAAAGAAUCCACAGCAGCCUACAAUCAUUAGAUCUAAAAGACUUAGCUAUAGCGGACUCUCGUUCGAAGAUAGUGCCAUGUACGAGUUAAUUAAAAAUGAUCAACCCUGGGAAGGAGAUGUCACUGAAGGACCAUGGAUGAUCAGGAAAGAUGGUUUUUACUAUCUUUUCUAUUCAGGUCAUGGAUAUUGUGAUUAAAGCUACUCAGUUGGUGUUGCUAGAAGCAGAUCACCUUGGGGUCCUUUCAAAAAGAAGGGCUCUCCAAUUCUGUUCUCUUCAGGCAAUUGGUAAGGCCCUGGACACUGCAGUGUCAUAAAAACAUCUUCAGAUGAUUGGGUAAUAAUUUAUCAUUCCUGGAUGAAUAAUCAAGUAUGCGGUAACAAUAAAAGAGUGAUGCUAGCUGACUUUAUUGAUUGGGAUUGGAAUCAAUGGCCUCAACUCAGAAAUAUGGGUGCAUUAAUGUCACCAAAAGAAGGAUCUUCAGCUAACUCACUGGAAUUGCUCUUUCUUCAGCAAUGA